AUGGCCAACACUACUGCAGCCGAGCGAAUCCGUGCCGGGCUGGACGCUGUGCACGAGUACAUACAGCCAGUGGUCGAAAAGGCGAGGCCUGUUGUGACCGAGGCUUACAGCACAGUGCGAACCACUCUCGUGGGCCUCUCUGAGAGAGCUCAGAUUGCGUAUGAAAAGGCAUCCCCGGUUGUCCAGAAAUGGUAUCAAGACUCCGCUCAGCCUGCCGCCAGACAUCUGUAUGAACAGGCUAAGCCCUACACCCGACCUCUGGAAGAUCUUUACGGACAGACCAUCACAACUGCUGGCGUCUACUCUCGUCAGCUACUUGGUGACCAGUAUGGCUCUUAUGUUGAGCGUGCCCUUCCCAAUGUAUUCAUUGCACUUGCCAUAUCCGGCUUACUGUGGGUUGGUAUUACUCUGAGGCAAUCCCUCGGUCGCAGCGACUCUACCAAAAUGGUCACUCAGGUUAAGGAGUCGGCCAAAACUACUGGGAAAUCGAGGAGUUCAAGCAGUCGUAAGCAGCUGGAACCGACGUCCCGGUCUACCCCUGUCGAGAGUGACCAUGAGAAAACGAAGAAGCAACGCACUCCGAGGAAAGGUGGUGCCCACAAGCAGCCGAAGAAGGCUCCUGUUUUCCCUAAGCCCGAGAGCCUAGCCCCGAAGCCCAAGAAGACUGCGGCGAACAAGGACUCAAGUUCGAAGGCCGGGGCGGCACCUGCCUCCCAUGGGAAGAAGGCUACUACUACUACUACAGAUGCUGAUGGAUGGAAUACUGUGACUGGGAAGAGGCGAUAG